AUGGAACCAGAACCAACCCUUAGGAUCCUCCUCAAUGCAAUCAACACCUCUCCCUCCAAGUUGGGUCCCUACAGGACCAAGUUAAGUCUCAAGGCAAGACUAUCCAGCAACUCCUUGCUAGACAAGGACCAGGGACAAGCCAAGCUUGGCCCAGCAGCUGGCCCUUCCACUCCCCCAGACCAACAGGGGGGCCAAGCCAACACUCCUAAAACAGUUAGGUCUUGGAGACAAGGACUUGGAGACCCCUUCCAAGCAAUCAGAAGUACAGUUGGAUACAAUUCAGAGGAAGAAGAAGAGCCAAGGCAAGAAAUCAAAAAGGAGCCUUGCAGAGCAUCUAGGGGUUUGAGCUCCCUCACCCCAUUUGAUGAAGCUAUGGGCACCAAACACCUCAAAAUGGAACUCCCAGACCCUUACAAGGGCAACACCAGGGGAUGCAAGGCCACUCAAUGGCUAGACCACAUGCUGUUGUGGGUGGCACUUCACCAGCACCAGUUUGACAAAGAGGAGCAGAUGAUUGUGUGGAUUCUUUACUGCAUGGAAGACAAGGCUGCUAACUGGACCCUCCCUCUUAUCAACAACAUCAUCAAGGGCAAAGGGAGCACCCCUAAGACCAUCAAGACCCUUGGACUUCAAUUCAAGGAAGCAUUUGCGGAUCCUGACACUAAAAGAGCCAUGGCAUGCAAAAUUGCCAUCCUGGUCCAGACCACCUCUACAGCAGAAUAUGUCACCAAGUUCCAAAACCUCAUUGCAGAGCUUGACUGGAACAAGGAGGUGUAUAUUGCACAAUUAACAAGGGGCCUUCACUGGAAGGUCAAAGAGCUCCUGUCCACCAAGGAUAACAUACCAGAGGAGUAUAAGGCCAUUUUUGCAGCUGCAAUAAAAAUUGACAACAUGCACUGCAAGAAUGAAGAAAAUUGCCCAAAGAAGGUGCACAAGGCCCUGGUCACUGCAACCACCUCCACUACCACCACCCAUAGGGUCUGCCUAUCCAAGGACCCCAAUUACAUCACACUGGAGGAACAGGAUUGUUACUGCGCAGCUGGUCUGUGUGUAAAAUGUGGGUAG